AUGCCAUUCAACAGAUUCGUGCGCUUCAUCUCCACCGACGGUAAAACUUAUACCGGCGACGCUAUCCUUCCGCCCGGAACUGACGAUGCCCGCCUGGCGACCAAGGCGAUCGUUAUAACCGGCGAUAUCCUAGGAGACUAUACCGUCACCAACGAGAUCAAGGAUAUCAAGCAGUUGCUGUCGCCGUUGUCAUGGGACCAGAUCCCCAAUGUUAGACUUCUUGGUCUCAACUAUGAAAAGCAUGCUAUCGAAUCCAAAAUGGCUAAGCCAAAGUACCCCGUCCUCUUCUUCAAGCCCGUGACCGCCAUCGCAGGCCCGACCGACCCGAUCCCUGUUCCCGCCAUCGCGCAGAUCGACAACGAGACCGACUACGAGUGCGAGCUCGUUAUCGUUAUCGGCAAAAAGGCGUCGAACGUGUCCGAGGCCGAGGCACUUGAUUAUGUGUUGGGAUAUAUGGUUGGAAACGAUGUCUCCCAGCGCUCGUGGCAGAUCAAGAAGGGUGGUGGCCAAUGGUCUCUUGGAAAGAUGUUUGACGGCUGGGCUCCAGUUGGUCCAGCUCUUGUGUCUUCAAGCGUCAUCAAGAAUCCCCAGGAACUGCGUAUCUUCACAAAGAUCAACGGUGCCACCCAGCAGUCGGAAAACACUUCAGACAUGAUUUUCGGUGUCGCGAAGACAAUCUCGUUCCUCAGCCAGGGAUCCACCCUUCUUCCCGGCGACUUGAUCUUCACCGGCACACCUUCAGGUGUUGGAAUGGGCCGUAACCCCAAGUACUGGCUCAAGGACGGUGAUGUCGUCGAGAUCGGUCUCGAGAAAGUCGGCACGAUUGUCAAUAAGGUUGUCUACGAGAAGAGCGUCAAGGCCAAGUUGUAG